AUGGCUGGCGGAGGAUACCACCCAUACAAGGCCGACCCGGCGCUCGACCGAUGGCAGACCAUGCACUCGACCAUGUACCAACGCUUCCGACUUACACCUUCCAAAACACGAGCCGUCGUCCUGUGGGGUCUGGCCGUCCCGGUUCUCACCUACUACGCUGCUCAGUACACCGACAAUCGAUGGGAGCUGCGAGGAAAGACUCGUCAAGAUUCGUUGCUUCGUACCCCUCCUGUUGCUCCGGCGGCAGACACGGACGAGCAGUAA